UAUUAUGCCGUCACCGUACUCGAAUUGCCACCAUAGGCCUAUUACCACCAUUUCAAAAUCUGACCUAGGCUUAUAUAAAGGUCACGACCUUAUUGAUUGAGGAGCCAAUAGCCUAAGCCUCGCCAAGGGUGAAAAGGCUGACUCGAGUCGGAGCCUAGGCCACAAUUUCGAGACUCGAGUCGGAGCCUAGGCCUCAUAUUAAGACGAAUCAGAACCUAGGCCUCAUUUCUAGAUUCAAUUCAGAGCCUAGGCCUAAAUUUUAGGACCCUAGGCUUGAUUCGACUCGAUUUCGGCUACCAUGUGGCACUUCUUCCUUCUGGCACUGGCUCUGAGGUCCUGUGCGACCUCCUGGGCGCUGGAGAGGUCCGGGGAGGCCUCGUGCAACCGGACGAGGCAGGUCCUGACGGGCUCCUGGGGUGUCAUCACCGACGGGCCGGGCAAGUACCCUGAGGCGUCCCACUGCCAGUGGCUCAUCAAAGCAUCCUCGCCUGGCCAGUUUAUAACACUAAACAUCACAAGUAUUCAGAGUGAAUGUUCGUACGACCACAUUUAUGUAUACGAUGGCAAACAUAUGAAUCGCUUAUGCUUGGGAUGUUUCUCUGGUAGAACAGUCCCACUUGUAACUGCUAAAUCGGGGUUCAUGCUUAUCCUCCUGUACUCUGACACAAAUUAUGCAUUGGAUGGAUUUGUUGCAGAAUAUUCCGUUACCGAUUGCCCUCUAAAUUGUUCUGGCCGAGGUCACUGUGAGAACCAUAAAUGUAUCUGUGAUGAACUUUACACCGGAGAAGGUUGUGAGCACCAGUACUGUCCAGAGAACUGUGGAAUGGCCUCCAAUCACGGUAACUGUUCAAGACCCCUUGCAACACCUCGGGAACCCAGGCCUGCUCCAUAUUGUCUUUGUAACGAGGGUUACUUAGGCGACGGGUGUUCACUGGGAACUCACGACUCAGAAGGAGGCUCUUGGCACUGGUUGUGGCGUGGGGGGCCUCCCCUCAGUGAAAGAACCAGUCAUGCCAGCGUAUAUUUGCCACACCUUGAUCGUUUAUAUGUAUAUGGAGGAUAUAACCUGAAUCAGGUAUUUGGUGAUCUAAUGGUAUUUGACUUAGGCACCAGCUUAUGGGUCAACAUUAGCGAUCCAUCCAGUCAGAGUCAGCUUAGCCGUCGCCUCAAUGCCCAACGUUCUGCUCGACUCAGAGGCUUGGCUGAGCACCACAUCAUCACUAACAGCUCACUUCUUAGAAACCUAACUUUUUCAGUCAAUGGCAACAACACAGUGAGUGUAAAAGUUAAGUCUCUCUCAAGUGAACCAUUAAGGAUGCGACGCAUGAUAAGGCCAAGUGAAGAACUCAAUCACACGCCUGCAAGUCAUAGUUUGAGAGGGAUGACACCUGGACCAAGAUAUGGUCAUGUCAUGGAGAGAUUCGGCAAACAUUUUGUCAUGUAUGGUGGAAAAUUGACAUCAGGUGAAGUCAGUAAUGAAUUAUGGUUGUACAACACAACGUUGGAUGAAUGGCGCCACCUAGAGGGACGAGCUCAAAGCAAAGAUGAACCGGAUUCCACCAACGACAUAAAUUUUCCUCCAGGUCUUAUGUAUGCCACUUUAACCCUUGUGGAUGAAAGCUGGCUGUACCUCUUUGGAGGGAGUCUUCAGCAUGGAGAAUUUUCAAAUGCUAUGUACAGGAUUAACCUUGAAGGGGAAAAAGUGUGGGAAAAGGUGAUUGUGCUUGGUGGAAAUGAGUUAGAUGUGCGUUUAGUGGGUCACUCGACUGUGUUUCAUGCCUCCUCCAGAUCCUUGCUAGUGUAUGGUGGUAUUCGAGUUGACAUAGCCAGGUUCUCUAAGUUGUCUGACAAUCUGUUGGCAUUUGAUGUUGACAAGCGAUACUGGUCCCGAGUCAAUUAUCCUAAGCUUCAUAACAGCCAGAUGUCACGUAUUCCGUUAGAGCGGGCUUUUCACACUGCACUUAUAGCUGGGAACUACAUGGUGGUUUUUGGGGGUUAUAUGCACAAACACAAGGAAGAAGAAAAGUGUUACGAUGACCAAGUUUAUAUUUAUCACCUUGGCUGCCAUGUAUGGAUGUCUCAUCAGCUGACAUCACCCAGCCUUUCAUUUCCCUAUCCGAAGAUACAGGGUGUAUAUGGGCACAGUGUCUUCUUGCGUGGUGGUAACACCAUGGUGGUUGUUGGUGGAUUUCAUGGCACAGUGAACGGUCAUGUUCUGGCAUACGUUUUACCUUCUUCUUUAGUGACCCCCUCUAAUCAAGAGUUUGACAUUGACGAAGCUUGUCGAAAACAUGCCACUCAGGCUUCAUGUGUUUCCAACUUGGAAUGUGGAUGGUGCCCUACAGAUAUGAGCUGUUACGAUCGCACUCGAAGUGCCAACUGUACAAAUAAUCUUCAGACUACUCAUUGUCCAGGACUUUGUGCUUCACUUCACUCUUGCCAGUCCUGCGCUGUACAUGGGAGAACAGCACGCAAUGGCCCUUGUGUUUGGUGUGUUGAAACUGCCAAAUGCCACGAUAAAGAAGAGGCAAAUGGCGGGCAAGGUCGUUGUGGUUCUCCUGAUGACAAUCUCUCAGGUCAGGUAGGCUGGUGGGGCCCACAUGGCCACGAUUUGGACACACCAGAAGAUUGUCAGUUGAAAGACUUGAGACCUGGCAUCACGUUUAUACGUUACCGCCAUCCAGUGGAUCGUACAAAUCCUGAUUAUGUUGCAAUUUUGAAUACAACACUUCACUCACUUCCAGACACUCAGGAUUUCCAAGGAGCACGUGAGCUGCAUACAGGUGGAAGCACUUUGGCACAGUUUAUGGGGUUUAUUCACCCUGUUGGAGUCCAGUCAACAAAGAACUUGAUUAUGUAUGUUCAACCAGCCCAUUUAAAUGCAUCUUUAUGGAUCUCAAAGGAUGAAAAGCCUAAAAAUCUUGAAUUGGUGGCUAGUAUAGAUUCAAAACAAGAGAGUCAUGAGACUGGGUGGAGACCAGAUGGAGGAGCACUUUUUCCUGUACUAUCACGGGAUCAACGUUACUUAACAAAAAUGGAGGUGCACUUACCACUGAAACCAUUAUCACCGCAGUCACGGAUGAUGAGCAUUUUGUGGAAUGCUCACACAAAAUCAAGAGGCAUAAUGACCUCAGAGUAUCUGGAGCCUUUUAGUGUGGGAGGUGCUGCAUGCAAACCUCACAAUACCUGUCUCGCAUGCCUUACAGAUGCCAAGUGUGGUUGGUGCCACAUCACUUCCACAUGUAUGGAUCGUCAAGAUCCCAAGACUUAUUGCAGUAACUCAUCUCUUACAGAUCCUUCAACAAAACACUUUCUGACACUGGUACCUGAGCAGUGUGUCACUUGUGAACAGUAUAUAUAUUGCAAUGAUUGUGUUGGGUCGGGAGUUUGUGAGUGGCUGCCAGAUGAAGCAUAUUGCUCAAGAAAGGGGAGAUUUCCUGGUGCUGUUAUGGAAAUAGGCAAAUGUCCAGCCCCAUGCCACAAACGAAAAUCGUGCACAACCUGCCUUGGUGAUCCUGGGAGAUGCGCUUGGUGUCAAGAAUCAAAGGAAUGCUUCCUGUUCUCAGUAUAUACGUCGGUUUACCAGUAUGGGUCUUGUCGAGUGUGGCUUGAUGAAGAUCAUACUAAUAUAACCACCCUCCGGCCCCCCACAAUUCCAAGUCCCACAGAAGCCUCUGAACCAAUUGGUACAACUUUACCAUACCUAACAAGUUCUUCACCGCACACAGCUAGUUCUGGGCUGCUUGUUGAUACAUCAGAGUGCCACAUCUGUGAGAGUUUGCAAACAUGUGAUGCCUGUAUGAAGACACUGAACUGUGGCUGGUGCUAUAAUGUUUUUAAUCCCACCAUUGGCAUAUGUACAGCUGGAGACUUUUCACAGGCAGAAAAAGGUGACUGCUCAGAUAUAAUAGCACCAUUUCUAAAAGCAGCGCAUGAAAGUAGUUCAGCUAUCGUAGAUUUACAAGCAUCAGAAACCAACUGGGCAUUUGCUUCUUGCCCUGAUGUGGACGAAUGUAAACUUGCUCUCCAUAAUUGCCAUUUGAAUGCUACAUGUACAAAUACACUCACUGGUUUCAACUGUACCUGCAACAGAGGUUUCCGUGGAAAUGGCCGAGAUACGUGUGAAAGGACGUGUUACGAGAACUGCAUUCAUGGGUACUGCUCAGGUGCACCAGAUUUCAAGUGCAUGUGUAAUCUUGGCUGGACAGGAGCAGAUUGUUCUAUCAACUGUGGAUGCCACAACCAUUCCACAUGCAACAAAGGAAUUGGCAUCUGUGAUCAGUGUCAGGACUAUACCACUGGGGAAUUUUGUGAAAAAUGCCGGCCUGGGAGUUUUGGUAAUGCCACAACUGUUGGGUGUCAGAUGUGCAACUGCAACGAUCAUUCGGAUGAAGCUAAGGGACGAUGUGACCAAACCACUGGACAUUGUUUUUGUAUUCAUAACACUUUCGGCCACAACUGUCACAAGUGUUUACCAGGGUUUUAUGGUGACCCACGCAAUGGAGGACGUUGUUACCGGGAGUGCAGUGCUCGCAACAUAUUGACCAAAGCAUCUUACGGACAUUUGGGAGCUCAGACAACAAAGUUGGAGGCUGGGACAUCAUGCAUGUGGAUAAUAACCCCAAAUGAUUCAUUGGAACCUCUUUCAGUGGCUCUUUCAGGGACAUACGUCAUUCAGAUCACCAUCAAAGAGAUCAACGUUAGAUGUGGGGAAGGCAUAGUGUACGUGUAUGAUGGCCUUCCAGAUUUUGUCUCGGGAGAUGCCUACUGGGAUCGUCAGAAAAACAAGAUUGGAGCUUUCUGUGAAAACAGAGCAUCAUACCCUCUGACUGUACAGUCAGUCAGUGGGUUGAUGACAGUAUUUUAUGAAAAGGCUUCCUUGACACAAGGUUUUAAUGCAACCUACGAGGUGCUCCGCUGUAAAGAAAAUACAGGAAAGGACAGGGUUUGUGUCAGUAGUAAGCCUGUUUGUAAGGAGAAAAGGGUUGGAGUUAAUUGCGAUAUUCCAAUUUGCCCUAAUAAAUGUUCAGAAGCUGAGGGACGUGGUACUUGUUCACUGACCUAUGGACGUUGUGAGUGUACCCCAGGUUUUGUGGGAGAAGAUUGUAGCAUUGUUCGACGAGAUCAUCAGGUGGUGGUGACAGAGUUGUUUUCCCCUGAGAAGAUCGCCCCUUCUGUGAUGCACCUUAGCACAGUUCUUCCUAGAAUGGGCCAUUCUUUAGUGGUUGAUCAUCGUGGAGCGUUAUGGAUUUUCGGUGGUUAUUCUUUGUCAAGAGGACCUCUUAAUGAUAUCCAGAAGUUUGACACACACAAUAAUAGCAACUCUUGGGAACAAGUAACCGUUAAUGUCCAGCCAGGACGACAGCCUCCCCCAAAUAGAUAUUUUCAUGCUGCAGCUUAUGUGGUAACGCAAAGGGAAAUGUACAUCUACGGAGGACUAAAUGGUACCUCAUUCUUGAAUGAUUUCUGGAAAUUUAAUAUUAUGUCUGAAAGCUGGACUAAGUUGAAAAUUCAUCCUGACUUACCGGCACUUGCAGGUCAUACUUUGACUUACCGCGCGGAUUCAGAGUAUCAGUCAUUGGUGCUUAUUGGAGGGGCCUCUUCAGAGUUUGGGUUUUUGGAACGCAUCUGGGAAUAUGAUCUCCGAAAUGGUAAAUGGCACAAAGUCCAAACAAGUGGUGCUAUUCCCAUUGGCAUUUAUGGUCACAGUACUGUAUAUCAUGAAGGAACCAAGACAUUUUAUGUGUAUGGAGGCUAUUCUUUCAAGGUUGAUCAAGUGGAUCAUUUUCCAGACCUUUAUGCACUGGAUUAUAAUCGUAAGAAGUGGUCUGUCCUCCCUCCAGAUCAUAAGACAAAUCUUAAUCCGGCAUCACUUCCAGCCCCAAGGACUUUCCAUUCAGCUGUCACAACUCAAGAUUAUAUGGUCAUAAUUGGUGGGGACAUAAUUGACCAUCUCAAUUCAGAUCAGGGGCUCUUGGUGUACUCAUAUAAGUGCAACAUGUGGAUACCACUUAAUGACAAGUUUAUAACCUUAGUAGGUCAUGACACCAUUCCACUUAUUGGCAACAGUGCAGCUGUUCAUGAGUCUAAGAUUUAUAUUUUUGGUGGGUAUUAUGGCAUUCUAGAUGGCAGCAUGAUUGAGAUUCAAAUUCCUCCAGAUCUUUGCACUCUGAAUGCUAAUCAGACUCAGUGUAGAGAUGUUAUUGGGUGUGCGAACUGCGUUGUUCACGAAAGUUCUGGAACAAAUACAUCAUAUUGUUAUUCUAACACACGCACUGAACCACUUACAUGCCUGACCCCUCGUGGUAGCAAAACAAGUGUAGUGGGUGUACGUUGUGAUGAAAGGCUCUUAGAGGAUCAUGAUUGCUAUCAACAUACCUCAUGUACAGAAUGUCUGGCUGAAUGGCCAGCCCAUCCACAUUCUGAGCAGCGUUGUCAGUGGUGCCUGUCUUGUUCUAAAGGCAAGUGCAUUCCUCGUGACAGUGAUUGUGCUCAAGAGAAUCUGUGUGAUUCUCAGGCAAGAAAUGACAGUAGUCCAGGUCGUUUCAUCAUAGAGUCAGAUAAGUGUUAUGAAGGAACUUGCAUUGCUUCAGACUGCAAUAAGUGCUACGACCUUCGUCGUUGCAUCUGGACACGUCAAGUGCGACGGUCCUCGGAAUCAGGUUACACUUUGAAUUCCACUCCCAAGUAUAACUGGAAUUGUGUGAAGAGUAAAAUCACACGUCAUUCCUCAUACAAAGUAGAAUUUUCUCCUCCAAGGCAGUGCCCUGUAAGGUGUCAUUAUUACACAAGUUGUGAAGAAUGUGUAAGUGCAUUAGGGGCUGAAGGAGGUUGGCAGCAAUGCCAUUGGUCACCAUCCUUGGGAGAAUGUUUGUCUCCUAGUUAUAUAGCUCUUCGUUGUUUGGGUGGCACUUGUGGCUUGAUAUUAUCUGGGGGGAAAGAACAAUGUCCUAGGCCUUGUGAAGAAUUCACAGAAUGUUCUCUAUGUCUCAGUCAGCCCAAGUGUGGUUGGUGUGCACUUGACACAGAAGUUGGUGGACUUGGUGUAUGCACUGAAGGACGUUUAGAAGGACCAUACAAGGGUAAAUGUGAAGACCGGGAUUUCAAAGAUGUCCUUGCAAAUAGUUCCAUUACUACACUCCACAGGCUUCAGUAUAACUCUCGGUUGUUAUCUAGUGCUAGUGCAAAUAGUUUGCCACGAGUUUCUUGGCAUUUUGAUGUCUGCCCACCAGAGAAUGAAUGUAAAAACCAGCAUCAUACUUGUGAUGCCAAGAGUCAGGUUUGUGUUGAUCGUCUCAAAGGAUAUGAAUGUGAAUGUUCUCCAGGUUACAAUAUGACAGAGGAUAGUGUUUGUAUUCCUGUGUGUUCUCAAGGUUGUCAGUUUGGAUCGUGUAUUGAACCAAACAAUUGUUCAUGUAAUUUUGGCUAUGUAGGCACAAAUUGCUCUACAAAAUGUCUCUGUAAUGGCCACUCGGACUGUCUAGGCCCAGAUAAAUUAAAUGUGUGCUUAGAGUGUCACAAUAACACAAUGGGGGAGGAGUGUGAGAAGUGCCAACCAAAUUUUGUUGGUGACCCAAGGAACAAUGGCCAUUGUAUCAGUUGUUAUGAUUAUUGCAAUAAACAUGCUAACCAUUGUAUUCCAAGUGAGCUUAUUGCAUCAUCAAAUUUAUCUGUCCCCUUAGACCCACUAUUAGAUAUUCUUGUUAUGAAGGUAACAGAAGGUGCUAGAACAGAUGCAGUAUGCUUGCAUUGUGAAAAUAAUACAACGGGGUCUAGAUGUGAUGACUGCCUUCCCGGUUUCUUUCGAGGUACCCAGAAUAUGCAGAGACGUUGCCGCCCGUGUCAGUGCAAUGGCCAUGGCACAACUUGUGAUGCAAUAUGGGGUACUAAUUGUGACUGUGGAAACAACACUGACACACCUUGUAAUGGCAAGCCUCAUGGAAGUAACAGUGACAAGGAAGAUGAAAAAUUUUGUUGGCAGCAGCAGUGUUCUAAGUGUAAAGAGUCAUAUAUUGGUAACCCAAGUAAUGGUCAUCAGUGUUUUAAGCAAAUGAGUGUAGAAAAAGAGUUUUGUUUAGAUCCUUAUACUCAGGAUGCUUGUAAUACAAAGCCGAGCCCACUUAAUCCAGGACAAACUGUUUUCUUUGCUGUGCAGCCAAAAUUUAUGAAUGUUGAUAUUAGGUUGAUAUUAGAUAUCACCAAAGGUGGUGCUGACGUUUACUUCAGUUCGCGAGAUGACACAUUUGUGGUGAAUGUCAAUCAGAGCACUAUGCUCCAUCAAGUAGAAAUUGAUGGUAAUUACCCCAUAGCAGAAGAGACUGCAGCACCUGUUAUGUAUGCGACCUCUCUGAAGAGGACAUAUGUGGGGACUGGCUUCGAUCUUUUUGACUUAAGCAGCUUUGCCAUGACCCCUAAAAAAGAGGUGGUUGUCAAUACUACACAACGGACAAUCACAGAGUAUCAUCUCAUAGAAAGAACAGCAGAGGGGUUAAAGACUUUUGCGACUAUUUCAAGAUCGAAUGAUAUUUUAAUUGUCAGGAAUGUGACCAAUAGACUUGUCAUUACUCUCCCCCAACACCAACAUGACUUACGAUCUGCAAAGUUUUUUGUUGUAGUUUAUGGUGUAGGUAAUGAGAAUGAAGUAGAAACACUUGGUUCUAUUUUCUUUAGACAGGAUCAACCAAGAAUUGAUCUGUUUGUCUUUUUUUCUGUGUUUUUCUCUUGCUUUUUCCUAUUUCUUGCCGUAUGUGUGGUUGUGUGGAAAAUUAAACAAGGAGUGGAUCUGCGACGGGCAAGAAGACGUCAUGUUGUCGAGAUGCUGCACAUGGCAAAACGUCCCAGUGCGUCCAUAACACUGGUACUUCAUUCAGAUGAUGAAUUUCAUUCUGAAAUCCAUGAUAUGCCCCCUGAUCCCACCCCAUGGUCACCAGGAAGACGUAAAAGGGCAGCAAAGAAGGACCGCUAUGCGGACGGUUUUGAUGUAGGGCCACUGGCUGUGGAACCAACUGAUGAUGGAGUUGCUGCAGUGUUGAGUGUUAUGGUACAGUUGCCUGGCGGGGGAAUUGGAGGAACCGUUGGCCAGGGAGAUGGUCCUAGACAUCGUUUAGCUUUAGGAUCAGCUUUGUGUUUGAUGGCUCGAAUAUAUCCCCCAGCUUCGAGACCUUUCCACCUUCGUCGUAGAACUUCUCAUAUGGCACCUUAGACUUCAGUGGAUGAAAGAUGAAAAUUUGCAAAGUACCAGGAGGCAGUUCCUAAAGCAGCAUUAUGGAAUGUGUAAUUGUCUCCGUGCAUCAUUUUCUUCAGUGUUUAGUGUUUUUAACAGUAUGACAUAUGGAUAUGCUGAAAAAUGUUUAAAAACAAGUUUGACAACUGAAAAGAUUCCACCAUGCAGAGAGAAAAAACCCUUUGUUUGACUUGUUCCUAAAAUAUUGUGUACAUUUGAAUGUUUUAUUUCUCAUUACUGAAUUUGGAAACAUUUAUACAGCAAGUCAUAUGAACCUGACGAUUAGAAUAGGUGGUCAAGAAAGAUCUCAUUUUUUAAUCUUGUAACCAAAUUUUUUAUUUUACCAUGUUCUUAAGUACUUCAUCUUUUGCAGGUAGUCCAAAAGUAGACCAGGCUUAUUUUGCUGAAUUUAGAAUGUUAUAAAUGUAUAGUAGAAUAGUAACUUUCAAAGUUAUACGAGUAUGGCGUUAAUAAAUGAAUUUUUAUUGGUUAGAUCAGAUUCUACUAUUAAAACUACCUAGAACUUGACCUGUUGUGUAUUUUCUUGUUAAAGGAAGGGGCUUUCAUGAUUUUAUUUUUCAUUAUUUUUCUUGUAUUUUUUGCUCUUAGGAAAAGUUGCCUGAUGUAGUUAUCAACUUUGGAAGCAGUUCAUCUAGGCAAUUGACAUUAGGUCAUUCAACUAGGGUUUUCAUGCUGUUCGGCAUUUUCCUCGUGAAAAUUAAUAAUCACAUUUCCUUGCAUACUGUAGGAUGGAAUAGACAAUAACUCCUUGGUGCAUAUUGCAGAUUCAAUCUGAAUAUUAUACUUGUAAAACUGCUGUGAUUUCAUUUCAUUGCUGUAAUAUACUUGAAUGGUGCAUUUGUAAAUGACGCAAGAAUAUUUUGUUUAUUUUGUGAUGCUUUGCUGCGUUGUUUUCCUUUUGUGGAAUACAUUCACCACAUUUUACCUUGUGUAUCGUUAGGUUGCUCUUAUUUUCUGUGAUACUAUUGUCGAAUCUCAUAGAAUAAGUGAGUUGAAUAAACGUAAGUUAAAAAUCACGAUUAUUUUUUCAUGUGUAUUUUGUUUUGAUUUUGUAACUAUAUUUUUAUUUUAGUGACAUAGUUUAAAGAAUACAGAAUGCUCAUAUGUAUUUAUAGGUAUCAUCCUUCAUAGAAUAUUUAAAGCUUAUAUAUAUAAUUAUAUAUAUAUACAUAUGUAUCUUACAGAGUUAUUGAAGGGUGGGGAGGGUUUCUUUCUUUCAGAAAUUUUUAAAUUUGUUAUUAGAGUAGGUAACAAAGGGAAUCUUAAGUUCUGUAUACUAUUUACAUAUUGAUAAGAUAACAAGUGCCAGUAUUGUAACUGCUGUUUGUUUUAGUCAUCAAUCAGGGUGUCAUCAUUAACUCUGUGUAGUAUUCCAGGUUGUACAUUACAAACUGUUAUGUGACAACUUCAGAAUUUUAACGUUUUGCGAUAAGAUUGAAUUUUGUUGCACUUUAUGCAGUGGAAUUGUAUAAGCUGAUAGAUAAGCACUACGUAUUGCAAUUCCGAGAUCAUUCAGAAUUUAGUGCUUUGCUGGCUUAAUAGGUCUCAUCUUUAAUAUUCCUUUAGUGAAAUGUUCUGUUGAAUCAAAGAUUUUUUAUAAUUUUUUAUAAUUGAGUACAUAUAUGUCAGAACUCCUAAAAACUAGCCAUCACUGAUAUUGUAUGUCCAAUAUGAAUGCUAUUAUGAAAAGUUUGGAACAAGGCAUUCAAAAUUAUUUACCAGAUUAGUUUGGUUGUCAGUCAUCCCAUGAUUGUAAUGUUUUCUGGAAAUUGACAUAAAAUUGGGUACUGACAUAUCCUCAUCCUUCUUCUCCAGACAUUAAAAGUAACCGAGGGUGCAGAUCAAAUAGAUGUAGUUGUAGUUGUUCUGACUAGAACUCAAUAUUUCUGUAGAUGGUUUUGUCACUUCAAAAAUCUCUCACAAAAAGUAAUGGGUAAACUUGGCCCACCCCUCCUCAUUCAUAUGUGAAAAGUGCAGUACUACUACAUUAGCUCUAAAUCAUGUUUUAUGUUACUUUUGGCUCUGAUUCCUUAAUUAAAUUUAGUAUAGUCUUUAACUUUGGCACUUAGUGAAUUUUAAGCAACUGUAAUCUGUUAAAUUAAAUGUACCUUAAAAUGGAGCAAACCCUUCAGGUUAGCCUUGCAUCACUGAGAAGUUCUGCAAUGUCAUAAACUGCUUUACAGUCAAUCAGUCAUUCUUUGACUUUAUAGGUCCUACCACUACCACUUGUAACAUAGUGUUGCUGCUACUACUACUACAUACUACUAUCACCAGAGUUAUGACAAUAAUUAUCACCCAGAGUCUAUUCCCAGUAAUUGACUUGAUGUUAUAAUUGUUUCUAGUCUCGCAAUGCAUUUUUUUUUUUUUUUUUGUACUUAGCACACAUGCUUUGUCUGUUACAGCACAAAACAUAAAUAAUACUGAGCCAGUGAUCUUUGUGCUGAUCUGUCACUAGUAACUUGUGGCUGCAAUAUCCAUGCUUUCUUGUAUCUGAAUCACUGGGUCUUAUUGAUUAUAAAGUUGUAAGUUAGGUGGUAGAUUUUAAAGAGGAAAAUUUUAUAUGGCACAUCAGUCAGGGUGCAAGUAAGCCUUUUGGUUGCCUGCACAUAAAACACCAUUUUACUUUGCUUAUUGUGCUUCUUUUCCAACAUUAUAAAAUAUGGUUUUAGGCUAUUUCUAGAUUCAUAGGGCUUGAUUGUAAGGUUCAUUUAGUUUGAGGUGACAAGUUGUUUUGAUUAUAUUGUAGAAUCUUGAAAUAUGAGUCUCUCGCUAAGAGAUUGCCUUAGAUUGCAGACAGUACUUCCCUUCAAGCAACGUUGGGUUAUGUUAGCCUAGCUGUAUGAAAAACUUCAUACAUAUCACUUUGUUAAAAAUUUUCAGCCCUGUGCAGCUUGCCGAAAGGGUUUGAUCUAAAUUUAUGAAAACAGAGUAGUAGUUGUGUCUUAUGUAUUAGAUCACUGCUUUUUAGAAAUUGCUUACUAUUUGGAUGGAGUGAAAUUACAAAAUAAUACUAGGGUAAAGUGAGGGAAGAGAUGACAAGGAAUGGAGUGUUUAAUGAUGUAGGAAAGCCAGGAGAAUAGUAUUAGCAGUGUUUAAGAAUGGUAAGGGACGGGUAAAAUGAAGUUCUACUUAAUACUAUACUGUUGGGAGCUCAAUUGAAAGUAGGUUCUCCAUAUUACUUUACCUACACAUAUACUCUGCAGUAGUAAAUAACACCACUUCUUGACCAACUCCGUUUAUGAAAGGAUCUUAGCUUAACCCAAGUUUGUGUGAGAACAGUGAUAGUGUUAUGUAAGGAUAUCUUGUGAUGGACUUUUUUUCUUGAGAUGCUACUUGAUUUCUGAGCAACUUCAACAGUGCUUGGGUGUUAACUCUAGUAAUAAUUUAGAUCUUUUGAGAAGCACUUGGAUUGUAAAAGGAGCUGUCAAAUAUACUAUCUGUAUUGUUUAACCUUUCUAGUUGUGCAGGAAUUUCAUAAUGAUCAUCAUUGUUAGUAGUAAUAGUAGUAGUAUUGGUGAUAGUUGUGGGAAGCUUUCGUUGGUAUUCAAUGAGAGGUGUGCAUACACAUAUUGAUUGCACAGUAAUAAAGAGUAAAAUUGGUGAAAAUAGUUCUUGCAACUUCAGCUAGAAACUGUUAUAUCUGUGUAAUUUAUGAAAAAAAAGUAAUAGCACUUCAUUUCAGUUUGGAAAGAUUCAACCCAAAAUAUUUAGAUAGAUAGAAAAUUUUUAUAAAAUUAGAAACAUUGAAGCCAUUAUACUUUAAAAUACAUAGUUUAGUACUCCAUGGAUUGGCCAUGUUGUGGGUAGAAAGAAUAAAACUGUUUUUGUAAAGGAUUCUGCGAAAGGAAAGAUAUUAGAAAACACUUGUGAUCAGGCACCAGUAUUAAAGAAGCACAUAGUUGCAAAUUUGUGAAAUAAAAGCACAGGAAAAAGUAGCCAUGUGAGUAGAAUUACAAUUGAACUUGCAUUCAUGAUAUUGGGAGGCAAAACUGUUUACAGUUUUAAAACGAUAAAUGUAUGACAACCACCCAUUCCUGUACUAGUGAAAAUAACUAGAGGGUGUUAUACUGUUUAUACUGUUAUACAUUUCUGCAAUAUUUUAUCCACUCAUGAUUAUAUUUAAGAUUGCCAAGAAUAGAUACUGAGCUGUUGUCAUUCUUUUUGUUGAAUGUCUUAGAGGAAUCUUGAGAAUAGUUUUCUAUCUCAGGAGGAGAUGACAAUAUUUGAAGUGGUCCAGUUUAAUAAUACCUGGUAGGAUGACUAACUACCAUACAGAAAAAAACAAGAAAUUUUUAGGUAAUAAAAUUUAUUUGAUCCAAUUUUUGGUAGUUUUGUGCUCUCUGAUUGCUGCUAGAUGUUUUUGUGUGAUGCCACUGUUUCCCACUGUAGGAUGGAUGGCCAUAUUUUAAGUUUAAUAGUAAGUACUGCAAUAGCUUUAACAGAAAUGUUUGCAGUUCUUUGUACAAAUUAAUUGUUAUACGCAUAAAGUAUUAUUUUUACAGCUGUAGUAAGGUAUUAGGAUUGUGGCAGAGUCUUUAGAUCCGUUAUUUAAGAUUAUAUCAGAAUUAACUGUUUAGCAUCAUCCUUGAUGUUUUAUCAUAUGCAGUCCAGUUUUCUGCCACCGUGCUUGUUAUGCGAGAAUAUUUGAUGAAAAAAGUGUAAAUGGAAAGAUAGUACUUUGCAUUAUUUAUAUAUAAAAAAAAUCACGAUUUAUUCAGUUUUCUAAAAUGCAUGUUAGAUUGACUCGGCUUGGAUAACCAGGCCAUUGCUUACUUACAGAAUUGUUAGGUACAUUUAUUUCAUCGAUUGAUAGACAGAACCAUUUAGUUUUGUAGAGAAUUAUGUCCAUUGUCUUCAUUAUUAGUGCAGAGUUCAUCAUUCCAUCAUAGAACAGUGAAGAUGUGAAAGAUAAGAGGUUGAAUCACAUGUGUAAGUUAUAUGAUCUUAUGUAUGUAAAGUGUAUGUCAUUACAUGUUGUUAAACCAUUGGCUUGGUUAAGUUGUAAAUUUUGUACAGAAUCUCCACAACUAAAAGACUUUCUGUUUAUAAGACUGCAGGAUUAUUGCUUUUAUGAAUACUGUAUAGCAUUUUGUGUAUGAUUUGUUUUAUAGUUUUGCUAGCCUAUUUAUUUUGUCACUUUUAAGAUAUCCUUUCUCAUAAGGAAGAAAUCGGUGUGACUUGUAUCUUGUGUGCAAAUUUUCCCAUCGAAUCUUUGCUAACUCAGAUGUUUAUUCAGGUAAUUAUACAUUUAUGUCUCAUAUCAAGAUGUACUUAAGUAUUUAAAAAAUGUGAAUUCGUAGCUAUUUAACACAGCUUGUUAAAUCCCCCCAAAAAAGGCUGUGCCAAUAUGUUAGAGACUUGAAGAUAAUCUAAGUUAAGUUUAGUCUACUUGAGAGUAAUAUCUAAGGUUUUAAGCUCACAGACAUUAAUUAAAGAAUCAUUGAAAAUAUAUUGUACCCAUAAA